AUGGCCGAGCCAUACGCCGUCGAAUACACGCCCUCAGUGGCAUCCGAUGCCGAGGGACAACCAUCAGGCACAGAUGUAGAGCCAUCCAUCCCGCUGGCAUGGCUCGAAAUCGAAAGUGCCACUCUCGGCGAGUUCAAGCAAAUUGUCAGGGUACCUUUCUUCAAGAAUCAGGUCAUUACAAUUGGAAGAGAUACAAAAGCAUGUAAUCUCCGGUUCAAAUGCAAAGCCGUCUCAUCAAUCCACUGCGAGAUCUACUCUAUCCUGUUUGAUAAAUCGGAGCAGUACCGGCCCUUAAUCUAUGUUCGCGACUGUCAGUCCACUUUCGGAACGUUUGUCAACGGCCAGCUUAUCGGCCAGAAACCAUUCGUGACUGCCGGUUGGAUUCUAGAAGACGGCGACGUCGUCACAGCUGGACCUUGCUCACUUCGACUCUGUGCCUGUCCUGUUUCAAAAGAUGAAGAGACCGCGCUGAGCCCACUUCAACAGCAAGAGGCUUUGCAAUUUGCAGAUCAAUAUCUCAUCAAGGACACCAUUCUUGGCAACGGCUCUUUUUCUACUGUUCAUAUGGCUAUGAACGUCAAGACAAACCAGCAGGUGGUGUGUAAAAUACACGAUUUUCCGUACCUCAAAAGAAUCUGGGGAGAUGUCUCCGAGCGCAUCCAGAAAGAAAUGUCCAUCUGGAGCCAACUUGACCACCCAAACAUCGUUGCGUUUCAACGUGCCUUUUACACGAACAAUACUAUGUUCACAUUCGGUGAUCUGGCCACUGGUGGUGAUCUAUACUCGCUCUUGGAGCGUGAGAGGUCAAUCCCUGCUCUGGAAAUCAAGUGGAUCGUCCUUCAACUUCUUCGUGCAGUCGGAUACCUCCAUUCCAAAGGAGUCGCGCAUCGCGAUAUCAAGGUAGAGAACAUUUUGUGUUCGUCGAGCGUACACCUGGAACACCGUAUCGCGCUCGCUGAUUUUGGGUGUGCCGGUGUCACAAGCCUUGGUAGAAUGAUGUCCGAUGUAGGAAGUGAAAUCUAUCGAGCACCAGAAGCUCAAAUAGAUGGGGGCCCGCACGGUGUUGCCGUUGAUAUCUGGGCAGUCGGCGUGCUCACUUUACAGUUGCUGGUAGGCUACGAUAGCGUCGCCAUCACACCAUUCGAAAACUCGUGCGCCAAAGAAAUCGAGAAUAUGGUGGUGAAUGUCAAUGCUGGACGUUCUGGCAAAGAAAAUGGGCCCAUCUCACAACACGGAGUUGAUUUCAUCAUUUCGUGCUUGAGUCUCAAGCCCCGAGACAGGCCAACUGCUGUUGAUGCAGCAAAGCAUCUGUGGUUUCGAGAAUCUGAGUUGGAGACGGCUCUGUUUAGAGACGUCAGCGAGAAGGAAGUACUCAGCCAGUUUCUCUCGUCAUGUCCGAUACCAGAUUCAGUAGGAGACUCCCAGUCGUCCAGAUACGUCGACCAGCAAAGAUUCGACUGUAUCAAGGCGCGCAAGGAUACGAUAGUAAACAUUGGGAAGCCCCAGUCAAUUAUCGGCUGCCGAAGGGCUUCCGUCCUAUAG